AAAAGAAAAAAAAAAGGAAGGAGUUUUGUUUUGUGUCAAAGCCGGGAACGCGAGCCACAGCUCGGAUCUGAUUUGAGGACCCGCGAAGGAGAUUGCUGCCACAUCAUUACUAUGAUUCCCCACGUCCUCUCUGCUCUGCAUCGGCUGACACGGAUUUGACUGGGCUUCACACAGCUGUCAAACGAGGGCCAACCGCUGCGGCGGAUGAACAGCCAGUUCCUGUCACAGAUAACUCAGUGAGAGCGCUGGAGACACAAAGGCACCCUACAGCGCUUGGUGAAUUAUUAAUGCUCAUGUGGCAUGCUGACAGUGAGUGGAGGUGAUGGUGGGUGGCGGUGGGAGAUUCUCAGAAGUCCCAUUGCUCCGCUGGUUAGUUCCGGCUUUGCGCGUCUGAUAAGAACGAGUCCGUUUUAGCAACGGGGGCCGCGAAACGGCAAAAACGGCUGAGCCUCGGUGUUUGAGAUCCCUCCCGGCUCCUUUGUGAGCACCUAUGGGAGGGAAGUAGGUCACGGGCAGUGACCCCAGGUAUGUGUGUCCCUGCAGGGGGCUUGUAGCUUAAGAGGAUUAGUGACCCGGUGCUCAGGUAGCACAAAGGGUUGUUCUGCUUCAGCAAGUGUAUAAACGCAGAGGCGAUUCAUCACAAUAUCUUAUGGUCAAAAAAAAAAUUUGUAUCCAUUUUCCGGCAGACAAGGGUCCCUAAACGUUUCACAGCUACUCACGCGGGAGAAAUCCCGCGUUGUGAUGCGUUCAGCGUAGGAUGAAUAAAAUGUGCGAGUGAAACGGGCGGCACGGAUUUAGCAAUGAUAAAAACAACAGGUGUUGGGUGAUUAAAAAAAAGAACAGGAAGAAGAAAAAUGACAGGAGAUACACAGAUAUGAAGGGAGGGGUGGAGCCAACAGGUAAAGGGGGAGGAGAAGGAUGCUGCAUGACUUUCAGGCAGGCUGGAGGAGAGCAGUGGAAAAACAAUAAGGCAGCAGGUGAAGAUGGCUCCCCAGCUCUACAUCACCAUGUACAGGGAGCAGUUCGGCUCCCCGGGCCGAGCCAAACGAGCGCAACUUCGACCGACCUCUGCCCACCGCAGGAACAACCCCCAGCCCCGGCCGGACUUUCUUUUUCCCCGCAGUCUUCAGCCCAACUACAGAUCCAUCCGCGCGCCGCCUGCUCCUCCUCCAUUGCCCCCCGUGGACACUGGCCGUCCUAUUUUCCCACCUGUCAGACAUUUGUCAUUUCACAGCCCUGUUGCGACUUGUCCAGACAGCUCUCCAAACACAGUGGACGCAGUCAAACCGCAACACAUGCCCCCUGUCAACCCAUCGGCACAGCAAGCGCUGCCCUCUGCUGACAGUCUGCAGACACUGCAGCUCCAGAACAACCCUCAGAGGGGGAUGGAUUAUCAGAGGAACGCCCAUCCACUCUCAGCACAGCAACUCAGGCAACAUGCAGCUGCUCACCUUCAAAGAAGACCUCAAACCUGCAAUCCUCCUCGCCCCUUUUCACGGAGGCAUCAGCAGAGGUGUUGCUCUAACAGCACUCUUGAUUACAGCGGCUGCUACAGCUGCUUCCACGUGGUGAAGCCAUACCAAGCCGGACACUACAUCAUACACCCGGAGUUUGUGUCCGAGUGCCUGUAUUAAGACCACGCCAGCGCUGGCUUCCAAAGCGGGGACCCGAGACCCUGCAGGGGGUCCUUGAGGGCGCCCGCAGGAAGCUUGCGUAAUGUAGGGUGGUUAAGCCUUCUUCAAUUCUCCGCUAAUUAACCCAGUGAGACGAGGUGUAAAGAGUGAAUAAUGUGAGCCUCACCACUGUUAUCUCCUUUGCGAAACUUUUACAGUUUAAUACUAAAUCAGCGGCAAAGAUCUUCCCAGAGAGGGCCCUGCGAUGAUCAAACCGAACGAGGCCCCGAUGAGCCGUCUGUGACAUUACGAUUUUAAUCUGCUGUUAGAGAGAUCAUUCCUCACAUGCGAUAAAAGGAGUGAUGUGUUGCACGUUUGAUGGAUUAAAACAGAAAUUAAACUUGACUCGCAGACUUUGC